GAUCCUCCUCUGACACAUCGAAAGCGAUUCGAUAUCAAAUUAAUAAACGUAUAUAUAAAAGUACGGCAUACAAUCGUAAAAGAUGGCUCACGAUCAAGUUUGGUUCUCUCGUCCUCGUCGUUAUGGAAAGGGCUCUCGCGAAUGUCGGGUGUGCGCUCAUCGCGCUGGCUUGAUCCGUAAAUACAAUCUAAAUGUUUGCCGUCAAUGCUUUCGUGAAUACUCCAAGGAUAUUGGUUUUAUCAAGUACCGAUAAACCAAUCUAGAGAUAUAAAAUUUUCUUUUUUAUUUUUCAUCAUUUAAUAACUUCAAAGAAAUCAAAUUAUGCUUUGUGCUAUCUUAAAAAGUAUACUAUUAAGCGCUUCUAUUAAUAUUUGUAUUUGCUUACUUUGUUUAAUUAAUUAUCUAAAAUUUAAUUAAAUAUUUAGUAAUAUUGAAAAUCCAAAAUUUUUAUGCUUUUGAUUAUG